AUUUCCCGUAAAAUUUCUGUUGUUACCUCAUCUACUUCCAUUUUCAUAAGUAACAUUCUGUUUAAAACAAAUUCACAUCGAAAUGACAUCAUAUAUUCACAAAAACAAAAACAUACUCGUCUUUCAAAUAGUUAUCAAGAGGUCUUCCCACAAAAAUUUAUAGUGUCAAGAUUGUGAAAUCGAGUUGCUGAUGACCUUAAAAUAGUAUAACGUGCGGCGACAAUAGCAGUCUGCUGCGAUUUAUAACGAUCGCACUCACUUUAAAUAACUAUACAAUGACUGCUGUAAUAGCUGAUGUAUUGCCGACAGUUUAUGAACUUUUCACAGGUGGAGGUAUCCAAACUGGCCUAAAUGCUGAUAAGCCCUACUUUACAUUAAACAAUAAGAAUAUCUCAAUAUACAGCGGUGCUUUGCACUACUUCAGAGUACCAAAAGCGUACUGGAGAGACAGACUUAGAAAACUACGAGCUGCAGGCUUUAACACUGUCGAAACUUACGUACCAUGGAAUCUCCACGAAUACCAAUCCGGUCAGUACGAUUUCGGCGAUGGUGGUUCAGAUAUGCAAGAAUUUCUGAACGUGACUGAAUUUUUAAAGAUGGCACAAGAUGAAGAUUUAUUAGCCAUCGUAAGACCCGGUCCAUACAUUUGUAGCGAAUGGGAAUUCGGAGGAUUUCCUAGUUGGCUUUUGAGAGAAAGGAAUAUUACCUUCCGUACCAGUGACCCUACUUAUAUGAAAUACGUUACAAGGUAUUUCAAUAUCCUAUUGCCUAUUCUGGCACUACUUCAAUUCACGAAAGGCGGUCCUAUAAUCGCAUUUCAAGUAGAAAAUGAGUACGGAAGCACGGAACGCAUAGGAAAAUUUAAACCUGAUAAAAUUUAUUUAAGGGAAUUGAGAAAUCUUUUUUUAAAAAAUAACAUCGUAGAAUUGUUGGUAACGGCGGAUGGUACUUCGUCCCAUGCAGAUAGAGGUACUAUACCAGAAUACUUCUUACAAACAUCGAAUUUCGGGGGAAAUCCAAUAUACGAAUUCAACAAAUUGAAAGAACUUCAGCCGAAUCGACCAGUAAUGUCGAUGGAAUUUUGGGUGGGUUGGUUUGAUCACUGGUCUGAACUUCACCAUAAAACCAGCGAGGAGAGUUUCAGAAUCAUUACUGAAGAAAUAUUAAAAUAUCCCGCGUCAGUCAACUUGUACAUGUUUCACGGUGGUACGAAUUUUGGUUUUAUGAAUGGCGCUAAUCUCGCCAAUUCCUUAACUGACAAUUCUGGAUACCAGCCUGAUACUACGAGCUACGAUUAUGAUGCUACGUUAACGGAAAGCGGAGAUUAUACAGUGAAAUAUGUCAUUGUGAAAGAGCUCUUGAAGAAAUACAAUACUAUUCUCACAAGAAUUCCCGAAACACCACACGAAAUACCAAAAAUAGCUUAUAACACAACUCCAGUGCACGCUCAACUAUUUCUCAGCGAAAUCCUAGAUAAACAACAAGGAUUUCAAUUCCAUGAUGUCAUUCCUAUGGAGAACCUACCAAUUAAUAAUAAUUCUGGUCAAAGUUACGGUUACAUCGUCUACAGAAAAAUGUUAUUAGAUAUACCAGCUAACUCCACAUUAAGAAUUGGAGGGAGAGUUUGUGAUACUGUAGUCGUUUUGCUAAAUGGAAAUUUAAUAUCAAAACCUUUGAAUAAAGAUAUCGACCUUAACGGUUUUGGUUUCUGGAGGCAAAAAAAUUCCAAUCUGUCGCUAGGACCUAACCAUUACCAAAACGCUGUGUUGGAUUUGGUAGUGGAAAAUUGGGGAAGAGUCAACUUUGGUUCCAUAGAACAAUUCAAGCAGUAUAAAGGACUCUGGCAAGAUAGCGUUUACCUAAAUAAUAUAAAACUAACAAAUUGGAAAGUAUUUCCGUUGGAAUUUAAAAGAGCUUGGAAUAGGAACCUAACUGGUUGGCACAAGCCUUCGAAAUUAUGGUCUGUCGGUCCAGCUCUGUAUAAAUCUAGUUUUCACGUUAAUUCUACAUCAGACACAUAUUUAGAUAUGAGCAAAUGGUGCAAAGGAAUCGUUAUUAUAAAUGAUUUCGUGUUGGGAAGGUUUUCCAGGGUAGGACCGCAACAAACACUCUAUUUACCAGGACCAUUUUUGAAAAAAGGGCUCAAUGAAGUAAUUAUUUUCGAACAUUAUAAUCCCGGGGAGAAUAUUGAGUUUUCUAGUGUGCCUAUUUUCAAAACACGAAACAGAAAGUAUCUUUUUAUAAACCCCUUCAUGUAAACGUCUUCUAAACGUUUGAGACGAUACGAACACGUUUCAUUAUGUCUUCCUAACAAACCAGCAACAUAUCCAUUGAAAAUUCUUCAUUCAGGAGAGUCGAUGCUGGCACUAUCUACUCCAUUGACAAAUUUCUUUGGUAGUUCAAUUUUUUACUUGAUAUGCUUCCAUAUGAACUUCCAAACAUGCACGUAAUAAAAACAAUUACAAUCAACAGAUUGCUUCUAAUGGAAACUUUUCUUUAAUCAUCAAUUUUUAAGAAAAUGUUCAUACAAUUUUAGUCUAAAACGAGGUUUAAUACGAAUUACUGUCAAAAGAAGAUUAUGUAAUAGUACAGUUAACUUAAAUUACAAGUGUCACUGUUGUACAGUAAAUUAUCAAUAAAUAAAGAAUAUCCAGAAAA